AUGGCCAAGGCCGCUACAACCGUCACAGCAGCGUCGCUGGCGAAUCGGAGAGCCGCUGCUCUGUCGCACACUACACUAGGAGAUGCACAACGACUGCGGCGGCCGUUCUCGCCGCUUCAGCUCAGCGGCUCAGCGGCUCAGCAGCUCAGCAGUUCACCACAGGCAGACACCUGCUAUCCCCCAACACUAGUCUCAGCCGAGAUAGAGAGCUCGAGCUCUGGCCAACAACUGGCCCUGGCCCUGGCCAUCAUCGCGGUCCACAGUCAACACAACCCAGAAAGGCCGGCCAGCCAACCCGCCCAAAAGCUCUCAACCAGGCGCAAUGGCCCAGGUUCGGACGCCCAUGGGGCGGGCUGCUUCAACGGCAUGGCUAUCUUUAGCAGCGCUCGGGGAAAGGGCUUUGGGGUAAUGGGCUGCGGCGCAUGCGCACUUGCAGGGCCUGCGCUGCAAGCGCUCGGCCUGGCCCCGGCCUUCUGA